AUACGGAAACUUUACUGUACUCAGAAAAACGUCCUCAACCACAUUGCAAGAUAUACACACCAACAAAUAACUGACAAGUGGGCUAGAAUUAGUUCAGUCGAGUGACUAGCCCACCACCUAUUGGAAAUUUACCAAAGAACUGAAACUGUGCUGAAACAAUAAGAGGCGAGCAGAAAGAAAUUUAUCGGUUUGUAAACACUAAUACUAAUGAUACGUGAUUGGACAAUGUAACCGACUUGGCUUUUCUAAAAGUUCGCUACACUUAUGAGACUUCUUGUCGUUAAGACAUGCAGUUCAAUCCUGACUCCUCUGUGUCGGGGUAUGGCAUAUUAUCACAUUGAGUGGAAACCGAAACCGUAUCCCUGCACAAAGGCCGAACGAGAAGCGGCUGCCAAACGUUACAAUCUCUUACCUUCUGAUUAUAAACCAUUUGAGAACGAUGGUUUGGCACCAGGAGACUACUUCUACGUAGAACCGUAUAACGCGAAUAAUCGCAGCCCAUGGGAGCCCUAUGACUUCCCACGUGAAAGACGAGAUUUUAAUGACCCGCAACAGUUCAACGCGCAAAUAUAUCUUGCUUCCGGAUAUAAUCCUACAAAACUAAAUGAAAUUUUAAAAGGACGACCAAUGUAAGCUGUGGUUCAUAGAUGUCAUUUGUAACUAAGGUGGUAUAUACUGUUCAAGACGUUUGCACCGUUCUUUGGCCUUUGGAUGUUCUUAUAUCUCGGUCAAAUGUAUUGCUUCUUUCUUCCGAUGGUAAGUACUAUAAAUUUGAACAUCACUUUUCGUUUUAUAAUCGAGUUAGUUAUAAUAUUUACAGGAUCAUCCGAAAAGUAAGACUAGGAACUUAAAAUUCCAUAACAGCUUCAAACUUUAAUUUCUUAAGUAGUAGAUGACAGGAAAUCUUCAGCAACUUCCAGGCGAACCUAUAGCUACACUUUGAAUACCAACCAUCAUGAAUUUGCCUACCGACUUAUAACGCGGUAAAGUAGUAGGACCAUGGAGCUGUAGUUUUGAGUUUAACUAGCAGAUUUGGGCCGCUCCAAUACUAUAUACUGAGCGGUCAGUUUGAGAAGCGUAAUGUUUCUAGUUGUUUGAUGUCUACAUGGUGUAGAAAGGCAAACAGUUCGCGAACCCAACAGUUCACUUCUGUCAUGAGAUCUAAUCAUUAUAAGUGGACAAAGGUCAUCGACAUUCGACUGCAUAUUUUUUCGAAGCACUUUUCCAUGUGACAAAACCACUAAAUUCGUUGCGUCAAAGUUAGGCUAGAAAAACAUACCAAUUGGCAGCUAUAUCAACAGAUUUGUACAUCGUAACGACCAUCAUGUGCAUGUAUAAGUGACCCCGAAAACGUCACAUAUAUGGUGGGUUAUACAUAUAAGGUAUAACUUUGAAUAAAGUAGGUCGUUUCGAAAUCACACCGUACGAAAGUCGUUCAGCAACUAGCUGACUGGACAAAAUCGCUUAUCUAAAGCAUAGUACAUACCUCAACAUUGUUCAGUAAAUGAACAUUUAGGUAAACUAUAGCCGGUUGUCCAAAAACGGUUGCUCAUUUUUUCUCUUCUUUUUACAGAAAGCGAAGCAAUAUCCACAUGCAGUGGACAAAGAAAAUCACUAUACUUUUGAAAAGCUUGGGUAGAUCCAUAUGUCCGAAUAGAAAGUAAUAAAGUCGUAGUAAACAAAAAGAAUGACUUAUUAUUAUUGGGAUUUUUUAUUGCCAGCAUAAUUAACCACAAUUAUUUGCUUCACAUAAAUACACUGAAAUUUGGGACUGCAUGGGCACAAACAUUGGGGUGCCAUUCUUGAUAAAUAAUUGCAACAUUCGGUGGAUAAGAGGAUUGUGUGCAUUGUUGUAUUCAGAUUUUCCGACUCGAUGCUGACUUUCUCAAUUGUCGUUCAUACUGAUAUUCACGUUCAUUUGCUCUAUUGAAAAAUGCUUGCCUUUCCAGAUACCUAUUUUAAAAUAAAAAACCUAGUAAGUUAACUUAGCUUACAAAAAAUAUCUACAAUUACAGACCUCAUUAACAACCAGAUAUGUUAACUAGUGGCGCACCGGAGUAAAACGACGAAAUUAUCGAGACACUAUGAAAUCAAAAUUGUUAUUUAUGAUUGGAGUGUAUUAAGUUAAUUAUGAUUAGCGGCGACAUUAUAUACUACUUGUUGACGAUGGGUGCUUUUGUUUCUGGAGUGGAAACUUCAAAACUAAGCAGGUAGCGUCGAUGUGUCAACCUUUGGACUUAAACGUGAAUUAAUGUUGUCGAGUCAGUUUAGUUGGUGACUAGUAUCUGCAAAUGCAAAGCGAUCCUCUCACUACUGCAAUGGAAUAGCAUUUAUGCGUUGAUAAACUUGCACUCUUACCCGAAGGCAGCACAUUACUGAUAAAGUACUUGGUCUCUGACGAGUUUCUACCUAUGUUCCAUGACACUUGUCUAUGUCUCGCGUCUAUGAGAUUGGCUUAAGACAUGUUCAUUUUGAAAACUGCUUUUCUUUAGGAGGCAACUGACCAUCAUCCAGACUUACUCGACCAAUUGGUGUAAAUGUGUAUAACCUAAAACCAAGCAAUCAGUACUAGUGUAAUAGGCAUGGGCUGUAUUUCUUCAUUUGGUCGCCAAGGGUACUGAGACUACUCUUUUCUUCAAUACAGUAAGGAAAAACUCAAAACUCUUGUUACACAACAAAAUUAUCACCUUACUGACUAUUUGUAAAUCGUAUAUAUGAGUACAUAUCAUUGCAAUCUUACCCUUCUUUCCCUUUGUUGUGGGCUUUAAGGUCAUCUUCCAAAGAUUCUUUCUGUACAUAUUGCUUCCAGUCAAGACGCGACUUUUCCUAUAAUUUCAGUAAAAUAAACGUCUCUACAUUCGUUGGUUAUAGCUCAUGUAUUUUAAGAUAAGAAACAGAAAAAGAUAACCACGUGCCUAGUUUUUUUUCACGGACUUCAUGAUUAUGAUAGUUUUAUUACACUAUAGUACAAUCUAACCACAUAUUCAUUUAGUAGCCCCUAAGCCUUAUCGAGAGUGAGGCCUGGCUUAUUGACCGAUUUACCAGGUACAGAUUAGAGAAAUUGGCUUUCAGCUACAUUCUAUAUGUGAGGUCUAGUUAUACUAACGAGCUGCCUAAACUAAGUAAAGCAGAGCCACCACUUGACAAAAGAAGUUUUGUAACUGUGUGGAACUAUUGCAAAAAAGCGCUAAAAACUCGUAACUCUAAAGCCCUACUUAGUGCUUUGUGAGAAUAUAUAAUUUCCGGUAACAUACAUAAAUAAUACUAAUGUAACGUAACAAAACAUCACGAAGAAAUCCGGAACUUACUAAGGUAGAUAACUUGGGUAGGCUGUUUAUCGUGGAUUUCAAGUUCUGCAGAGCGUUAGUUAGACCGAGUCCCAAAGACGGUGUUCUAUAUUAAAAUGAUUUGUAAAUUGAUGCAUAUAAUAAGCAGAUUAAUUUGGUUCAACAUAAGAGAAAUAUAAUGUGUUUUGUCUGAAUGCUUUUCGUGGUGUGGAAAUGUUAGCAGAAAAGAUACGGCUUACAACAGUUACUGUUAUAGCUAAUAUACCAGCAAAAUUAGAACAAAUACUACUAAUUUUGCAGCUGACACACAUAUUAGUGAGAAACUUAGUCACUAGCCUAAUUAAAGUGCACGAGGACGUACUGAGUUUAUCAGGAAAAACUAACUGCUGGAAGCCUGAACGGACUAUAUUGCUCACUCUUAGUUCUAAAGAAGAAAUAACUGGUGGGAGGAAAUCACUGUCACCCUUUGGGAGUAGCUUAGCCUUGGUGUUAAUUACCUGCUUUGUAUUUUCUGUGUAGCAUAAAAGGCAGAAGAUAAUGCCUUUUUUACUACAACUGCUGACUGACGGCUUUUAACGUUUCACGACAAAAUAGCUCUGAUAAUUUCCCUUGAGUUGAAUCAUAUUUCUCUCCAUUAAUUAUUAUGCUCAUAUAUGUAUAUCAUAAUCCACUGGUUGCAACACAAAAAUGCAGAUGCUAUUUAGGCGUAUGAAAAUUCAAGUAGUGCAGGACGUAAGGUACGUGUAUAUGAAAUAAACAGAAGUGGAUACGCAGUGUUUCAUUGUAAACAUAGUUUUGCUCAUCUAUUAAGUUGAAAUCAGUUUGGAGUUAUAUGCAGUGCUACUGGUAUAGGUUAUGAUACGACGUUCACCAAAAGAAACGACGGAGCACUUUAUGAUGCUGUUUGAAAUAACUAUACACUUGUUACAAAGUUAUUACUAUUAAUCUGUACAACUGUUGACUGUAUUCUCAACCGAAUAACAGUUUUGGAUAGAACUUACUUUGGUUUCAGGGGAUUUGUCUCAGUUGAAGUCUUAUUAUGUGAGACACCUAAACCUUUAGUUCGAUUCGAGUUUGAAACAGCCUGAAUGACUCUGAAAAUAAGAAAGUUGUUUUUAUAGAUAACAGUCAUACGGUUUACAUACAAAUAUAGUUAAGUAGGUGAUUGAUAGUUUACAUGGUAACACUGGUUUUUAGUGAUUCGGAAACGAAGCAAAUGCUUUGAAUAUACGAAACUCCCGAUGUUUAAACUCAGGAUCAUCAUGUAACAAGGGUAAAGUCCGGAGGUAAUCACAGCUUAGUGUAUUCUCCAAUAACUAUUAUAACACGAUGGAGAUCACAAAAUGUUGUAAUCAACAAGAC